UUGAUUAUCGACCGACGUUAGCGUCAGCUGGCACAGCAUACACGUCGUACGCGCCCCCUUUGUGAACUGAUAAGGUACUCGUUGCGCCGAGCACUGGAAGCAGCAGCUGCUAUCAAACAGUUAUAGUAGAGUCCCUUGUGAACCGUCACAAUGAAGAGCUGUGCCUUUAUUGAGCCUCUCGCUGUGGGUCUUUUGCUGUUGAGUGUAUGUGUGGCAGCGCAGCAUCAGCGCCCAAACAUCAUCAUCAUAUUGGCUGAUGAUCUCGGCUUCAAUGAUGUUGGGUUCCAUGGUUCAACUGAAAUUCCUACUCCAAACAUUGAUGCUUUGGCCUAUUCUGGAGUGAUUUUGAAUAACUAUUAUGUCCAGCCCAUCUGCACACCCUCCAGAAGUGCUCUGCUCACUGGCAAAUAUCCUGCACACACAGGACUAAACCAUGAUGUUAUAUCUGCACCCCAACCCUAUGGGAUUCCUCUUGGGAUGCAGCUUCUUCCUCAAUACCUGCAAAAAAUGGGUUUUGCCACUCACAUGGUGGGCAAGUGGCAUCUAGGGAUGGCCAUUGAAGAGCUCACUCCCACAAGGCGGGGAUUCACUUCUCACUUUGGUUACUGGACAGCACAGCAGGAUUACUAUGACCACAUGUCUCAGCCAUCGCCUGGUUACUGGGGUUAUGAUAUGAGAAGAAACAUGAAUGUUGCUCAUGAUGCUUAUGGGAAAUAUUCAACAGAUCUAUUUACGGAAGAAGCUGUAAAUGUGAUCCGACAACACAACAAGUCACAGCCUCUCUUCCUGUACCUGGCCCACCUGGCAGUACACUCAGGCAACCCAUAUGCCCCUCUUCAAGCACCUUCAGAUGUUGUGGCAAAAUUCUCUUACAUUAAAGAUGAAAAAAGGCGAACAUUUGCAGGAAUGCUUUGGAAACUGGAUGAGUCAGUGGGACAAGUAGUUGAGGAACUGCGGUCCAACGGGAUGCUUCAUAACUCAGUCAUCCUCUUCUCCACUGACAAUGGAGGGCCGGCAGCUGGAUAUAAUCAAAAUGCUGCCUCAAACUGGCCAUUGAGAGGGGUCAAGGCAUCUUUGUGGGAAGGAGGAGUUCGGGGUGCUGGCUGCCUGUGGUCGCCUUACAUUGCCAAGCCUGGCAGAGUGGCACAUCAGAUGGUUCACAUUACAGACUGGUUACCUACUCUCAUUUCUGCUGCUGGAGGUGACUCAUCAACUUUGAAAUCUAUCGAUGGCCUUGACCUCUGGAACACCCUGACCCAAGAUAGGUCUUCUCCCCGCACUGAGUUUCUUGUGAACCUUGAUCCAGUAGAGAACAGUGCUGGUGUUCGUGUUGGAGACUGGAAGCUUGUCUACAACCCACAAUCCGAUGGUGAUCAUUGGGAUUCAUGGUUUGGCCCAUCAGGAAGAAAUGAAACAGCACCAGAGACUCAGCUUGAUGUAAUUUUUGAGCAAAUUCUCCACUCACCAACUGCCAAGGCUGUAUUGACUGUUAAUCCAGAAGCAUUUGCCAACAUGAAGUCUUUGAGACUUGAAUCUGAGGUGAAAUGUGAUGACAUCCCAGCCAAUGCAACUCUUCAUUGCAAUUCCCAAGAAAAUCCUUGUCUCUUCCAUAUUUCAAGUGACCCCUGUGAAUACCAUAAUGUGGCUGCAACGUAUCCUGAUCAUGUCAACAUUUUAAUGGCCAAGUUGAAAAUUUACAAUUCUACAGCAGUUCCUCCACGCAACAAGCCCUUUGACCCCAAUGCUAACCCUAAGUUUUGGGGCUAUAGCUGGACCAACUGGCUGGAUUAUCCUUCCCCACUCUCACCAAAUAUUGGAGAUCAAUCAAGUAACGAUAAUUACUUCUAUGAUUUAUAUGGAGAUUACAGAAAUUAAUACAUAAUUUUAGAAUUUCCACUCUGAAAUGUUAAUCCACUCAUGGUUACAAAUAUUAGACAUAGCAUACUCCCACAAGUUAUGGAAAAUUAAUUACUUGUUUAUUAGUGCAAUGAACUCAGAAGUACUCUCAGAUGAAGAAAAUGACAUGGAAAUGUGCUGCUUACCUGCAUUUAAAGGUCUUGUCAGCAUUUAACUGGUGCCUCAGUUGUGGCACUGCAGGAUGUACUCCCCUGGCUGAUGUACUAUUGUCAUGUAGUCUUCUAACAAUUAUUUUUCUGUACACCACUAUAUCCUUAUGAUAUUAUAUUAGUGUAAGAACAUAAUCAGUCAAGAAAUGAUAACUUUGAACAGAAAAUACUAUAUAAGGAUUCAAACAUGUGGCAAAUCACACGUGAGACACUCAUUGCUGCAUGGCAAACUUUAUUACUUCACCAGUCUGCCUCCCUGACAAUGACCAGCUGUAUGGCCAUGUGUUACAGGAACAUGUGGCAGUGCCAUAGCAGAGCUAGGGAAGUCAUCAUGUGACUUAUGGGUUUGGUGAGAAGGCCUCUGGCUGGGUUGAGUGAGAUCAUAGGUGGGUCACUGGUGGACGAAAUGCAUCACUGUCAUUUUUGCUUGAUGACCUCCCAAAUCUUGCUCUCUUUCUUCUGUUACCUUGUCGAGGAUAUAAGCAGCCAGAGGUGGAAGGUAGGGAUGUGUGAGUAGGUUAUGGUCUGGUAUGUGUAUUUGAGGGUUUAGCUGGUACGUCUGAUUAGAUCCCAUUACUGAUAGGCUUUCUUUACUUUUUUGAAAGUCAUAAUCUUCAUCUUUAUCAUUACCGUUGACUAUAGCUUAACUAUCAAUAUCGGCCUCAUCACUGAAAUCAAGGUGUGUAUACUGAACUUGUUUGCAAAAGAGUGCACCAUGGUGAUGUCUGUUUGUCAUAGCAAACAAUCAGGUAAAGUUGUGUAUGUGGCACAUGCUCAUGUGGCAAGCACUUGAGGAAAGGUGCCUGUCAACUCCCCAAGCAUAAUCAUGGGCCACUGGAAGCAUUCUGUUCGUGUGGGAAUGAUAUUUCUGAAAAAAAGCUAUAUGAUGUGAUUGACCACAGGGAGUAAAAACGAAAACACAUCAUAUGACAGGACUAACCAGGAAUGGACUAAUCUUCAAAUAUAUGUAGUGGUGAAUUUAAUAAAGAUUCAGUAAUA